ACCAUCUAUUGACUUACAUUUUAUUUAUAAUGAGUUUACAGUGCAUCGAAACAAUUUCAACUGUUAACCUUAUUUGUUAGUUUAAUGGUAACAAUUAUUUGUCAUUCAAAGGUAAAGGUGUAAAGGUGCAUGAAAAGAUGGAAUCUUAUGAUUAGGAAAACUUAUUAAUAAUCAUCUAAAAAUGGAUGAAAUGUUGGAGUUUUACUUGUAAUGAUGAUGAUAAUAUUAAAGAUAAGUUACAAGUGGAAAUAAACAAUGUAAUAUUAGACAAAAAGACGCAAAGUGAGAAGGUUGAGUUUAUACACUUACACUGUUAGAGUUGAAUGUGUAUGGAUUUUGACUCCCUGAAGCCUGGGAGUUUUAUCGAUUUUGAUCUUCUCUUCUAAUUUCCUCUUUCUUCCUCCUCUUUUUCACUCUCUCUUCUUCCUCUCUAUUGACUUGCUUCCCUGGAUCUUCAUCCUCAUCUUCAUCCUCCUUCUCAAGCACAAAAAUAUAUAUUAAGUGAGCUUCAGAUGCAACAAAAAAAAAGUAUAACCAGUUACGACCAUUUGAAGCCAUGAGGUUUGCCAUGCGAACAAGCUUAAUCUUGAAUAUUAAAACGAAGCCUAAUGUAACAGUUACUUUAAUAUCAACAACAACAUCAUUAAAAUCAUCAAAAUCAUCGUUAACAUCACUGUCAACAUCAACACAUUUUUAAUGUUGAAAUGGAUCUCGAUUGUCCAAAUAAAAAUCAUCCUACACCGGCGCCAAUUUCUGGUUUAAUUAAAGUGGCCCACUGGUUAUCCCACCGAAGACGAUCAAAGGAGCUUAUUGUUAUUUCACCUUCGCCAACUGAGAAACAAUCCAAAACCAAAUUUGGUUUUUUCGAUGAAAAAGUUGCCCACAAAAAAUUGAAACAUUUCUUCAAGACAGCCUCAAAACGUUCAUCAUCUACAUCAUCCAAUUCGGAAAAUCGUGCCACUAGUCCGGCUCAUCCUUCACUUCAAACAUAUCAGCGUCCAACUUGCCUUGGUACUAGUUCUCCAGCUCGUUAUUUUGCUGCCUCUCUGGUUGUGCCCACUUUGGAUACGACAUGUGUAGACAUCGAUGAUCCAAACAUUUGUGAAAAUGCAUUCGAUGAUUCAGAGACUGAUGGUAAGCCCUCUGCUUACACCAUUGAUGCAUUAACCAGACCCGAUGAAUCAGGAAGGUUUGGCAAACACAAUGCCCUUGCAAAAGCUCGAACUCUUAGCAUUGAACAUAAGAAAGCUGUUUGUGAACGACUUUGUGCAACUUGGCCUCAAUCCACAACAGUGAUCAGUAGUAUUGACGAUUUUUUACCCGAAAAAGAUGACUACGAUAAAAAUUUCAAUCCAUCCAGACGACAAUCUAGAGAUCUGGAUGUGGAAGAAGCAAUUAAGGAAUGGUCAAUCCCUUACAAAGACCUUCAUUUUGAAAAACCUUUAAGGGUUGGUCAAAAUGGUGUUAUUUACAAAGGCCAUUGGCAUGGUGAAGUGUUAAUUCAUACAUUCAAAGAUACCAAAGAUGAUGAUGUAAGCAAUUUUUGGGACACAAUUGCUCAACUUUGUAUGGUUCGUCAUGAGAACAUCGUUCUUUUCAUGGGUGCCUGUGUUGAUUCACCAAAUCUUUCCGUCAUUACCAGUAUGAGAAAAGGAAUAUCUUUACUCGAACAUAUUCAUGUGAAACAUCAAGUAAUAUCGCCUCCCAAUAGGAUCAAUAUUGCUCGACAAAUUGCUCAGGCUAUGGGUUACCUUCAUGCCAAAGGAAUCAUUCAUAAAAGAUUAACUUCAAAUAACAUAAUUCUCGAAAGUAAAGUUAAAAUUUGUUUAAUCGAUCAAGGAUCAGCAAUUUAUAGCUACAAUGGUUCUGAUUAUGGUGCCGUUACUCGUGGAUAUUUAUCGUACUUAUGUCCGCAACUAAUGAGAUGUAUCAAAGUUGAACCUCCUUUUAUAAAAUACAAUGGAAGAUUUAGUCCAGAAUCUGAUGUCUACGCUUUUGGAACAAUCCUUUUCGAGUUGAUGACCGGUAAAUUUCCGUAUCAAAGACUUCAAUCUCAUUCCAUAAUUUGGUUAAUUGGCAACGGCCAUCAUGAAAGUGUCCUCCACAUUAAGGGUAGCAACGUGAUCCGUAAUUUAGUGGCCAGUUGCUGGUCUCCGUUAUCUGGACAACGUCCCGCCUUUAGUCAAAUUGUGAAACAAUUACAAGAAAAUAUCUCUUUGAACAAAAAACACAGCUGCAGUGAACCAGAAAGACUCAACAAGAUCGGGCUGCUUUAAAACGUUUUAAUUUUCAAAUUUUUCUUUUAAAUUGUAAUUAAUUUAUUAAUUUUACAAUUAUUAUAUUACCUAUUAUUCAUUAUUACUUUUUAUUAUUUUAUCGUUCUACAUCAGAACAAGGUUGUUAAACCUGAUUGAGCCUUAAUUUAAUUGAAUAUUAAUUAUGUUAACUUACUAAAAGCUCAUUUUCACAUCAAUUGUCCAAUUUUUUCGUAAGAACUUUAACAAUUUAAGUUGACUCAUUUUGUUAAUCAAAAACCAUUGUAAAUAUUUUAUCGUUGAUGCACUCAUUUCAUACUAUCCCUUUGAUUACCUCAUUGUAUUUAAACUCUUUUCAUUCCAUGCACAGUCAACUGUAAUCGAAAUUUUUAGUCAAACCACAUUUUGUUUUAAAAGGUGAAAAAUUGUUUAACAUUCUCUUACUCUUUAAUUUUGCUCAUAAAGCUGUUAAACCUCACAACAGAUUGAGGUUUUUUUGUAAAAGCCGUUUUAGGCUGCGAAUUUGGUCAAAAAUUGAAACUUGCUACAUGUAAUUUCCAUUUUCAUUGAUGUCAAGAUUAAUAAAAUAAUAACUUGCAAACUUAAA